UAUUAUCGACUUUCCUGUGUUUAAAGUUGCACAGAUAUCGGUAUGUGUUUGAAUUAAUGGUUUGCGUUGGAGGGACGCGCUGUUUGUUUUACGCAUGUGUGUUUGGCAAGUGCUGGAUGUCCAGGCUGAACUGCUGUCAACAUCACAAACGCAAGAGAGAUCCAGCACACGCAACAUCAGCGCUGCAUGAUCCGGGCCAUCUCUGUGAAGAGUAAGAAUCCAGUGAUCAGAUGAGAGAAGGGACAGAUCCUGAGAUGAGCAUGUCUGUCAGCGGCUACCUCACCACCUCAGAUGCCUUUGACAUCACAGACCAUUCGCAGUACUAUGAUGUUCUUGUGGAUCCUCUGAGCUGCUCUUACCAGGAACCGGAUCUACAAAGCCCUCUCUAUGGCCAACAACCAUUUAGUCCUGUCAACGUGCAGUUCUCCAUGUACGGGGCGCAAAAUGUUCCAGCAUGCAACCCGCCAUACCCCUACAGCCAUCAGUGCUCUGAAUACACCUGUGAGCCUGAUAUGGAGGUCCAAAGCUCAACAGCCAGAGCCAGCAUUGUUGGUCUUCCAGUGCUGAAAAGACCCAGAAUGGGCCACGGAGCUCGAGUGAAGGGCCAGGAUGAGCUGUGUGUGGUGUGUGGAGAUAAAGCCUCGGGAUAUCACUACAAUGCCCUCACCUGUGAGGGAUGCAAAGGUUUCUUCAGACGCAGCGUGACUAAAAAAGCUGUGUACCACUGCAAGAGUGGCGGAAGCUGUGAGAUGGACAUGUACAUGCGGAGAAAGUGUCAGGACUGCAGACUGCGCAAAUGCAGAGCCGUCGGGAUGCUGGCAGAGUGUCUGCUUACAGAAGUGCAAUGCCAAUCAAAGAGACUGAGGAAGGGCUCCAAACACAGAGGACACAAUGGAUCAUCAGCAAGAGCUGAAGACGACUACUCUGAAAGCAGAAGCGUCUCGUCCACCAGCAGAAUCAACACACGGGUAUCAUCUGGUUUCUCCAGAGAGCAGAGAUGCAUUCUGAAUAGAAUUGUUGAGGCUUUUCGUAGAUACAUAAUUCAGGACAACACUCACUGUCGGGUACCUCUAUGGUCCAGUUUAACAAAUACCCAUCUGACUCCACCUCAGACAGAGAAGCUUUUGCAGUUUUUGAGGAGCGUACCUGGGUUUGAUCUUUUGGAUAGUUCUGACCAGAACACGCUUCUCUCCAGCGCUUCGGUUGAAGUUAUGUUCCUACUCCUAGCUCAACAGUUCUCUGAGAACCCGACAAGUGUUAGCACUGCUUUAUACCCAGCAAAUCUGAAUAACUCAAACCCUGAUUGGGUGAAAACUUUAGAGUCCAAGAAUGGGAACAGCCACAGGAUACUGACACACUCAGGGUUGAAUGAUGAGCUCUUGAGAUCUGUGGUAAAUUUCCUUCAUAGCAUGGUGACGAUUGCAGUAACCGAGGCUGAAUAUGCACUUCUAACAGCGACUGCAGUUUUGUGUUCAGACAGGCCGACUCUGCAAGCUGUGGGAUGUGUGGAGAACUUACAGGAAUUUGUUCUGGAGCUUCUCUCUCGAGUUUGCUGCUCCUGCAGUCAGGGGACGGGGGCACAGGACCCGCGCCGCUUUGCCAGGCUCCUGGGACGACUGACAGAGCUGAGAACUCUACGACACAACCACCUCACCCUUCUCCCACAGCAACCCUGGGACAUGCAGCCCUGAGGAGAGAGAUUUAUCACAUCGGAUCUCUGUUGCAACACGCUCAUAAUUUCUGCCCAGAACAAUAUCCCAGGACAGGUCAAUGUACGGUGGGUUACCCAUGUGCAAACAUAGUUUAGUAAAAAGUGAAAGAAUGUAAGCCUCAUAGUGUGAUGAUUUCUUAUAUGCAUUCAAUAAAAAAAUGGUUAUUUUGUGUU